AUGAAUAUUGAAGAACUUGAAGGAUAUAUGAAUAAAAUUAUUGAAAUACAAAACAAACGAGAAAAUGAGUCUCACAAAAAACGAAAAAAUAUUAGAAUGCAGCUAUUAAAGCACGUUAAAUCAGCCCAAGAUAUUUCAAUUAUCCAAAAUAAUUCUCAAGAAAUAACUAAAAUUGGGAAAAAGAAGUUCAGUCGAUACAUAGAAGAACCAACUGAAUCCAGCGAAUUUUCUCAAAUUUUAAAUGUCUACAAUGAAAAUCAUGAGGCAAAGGUGAAUUCCUACACCCUUUCUCAAGCAGAUGAGCCGAUGUCUCCAUCUAAAAAGUAGAAUUUACUUACUGCCCCCUCCAUGAGCGAACAAAACCAUUGGAAAAAUUUCUAUUUUUUGUCCAAAACCCACCCUCUGUAAGCGAACAAAAAUUGUUUUAAUAUUAUGAAAACUUUUGAUAUAUAGUGAUAGCUAUAAUGAAAUCUAUAGCUAAUUCUGUUUAAUUUUAAACAAAUUGCGUUUAGAACAUAAAUUUUACAAAUUAAAUAAAUUUUGCUUUUCAAUUGGGAGUUUUUUAAAUUUCGAUAAUAAAAAAUUUACUAUAAAAAUUUGUAUAAUCUUUUGGCUUAAUUUCUGAUCGGUUCCCACGAGCCAAAAAUGUGUUUCCACGUGGAAUUUCUGGAUUUCCACGUGUGAAAUCCAUCUUUGGCUCGUGGGAGCCGAUCAGAAAUUUAAGCAACUAUUAUAUAUUAAUUUUUAAAAAAAAUUAACCUCUCUCCAUGAGCGAAUAAAGUUUUUUGCUCGCUCUGGAGGGGGUUGAGUUAGGAAUCAUGGAGGAAAUUCACAUGUAAUAAAGUCAAUUUUAUUCUCUCCAUACAAAAUUUAAAAAAAAAAAUACUUAUUCUUAAUAUUUAUUUUCUACAAAAUAUAUUAUUCUCCUUCACAAAAAUACCUGUUAUUUUCUCCAAAAAAUAUAUCAAGCAUUUGCUUACCUGGAGAAUCAAAUACUUCCAAACGAGAAGAAUUGUGGCAAAAAAUUGAAGAAGUCAGCUGAACCAACUGAUUCAUCGUUGUCUUCAAAGAGACUAAUGAAAAUGGAUUUGCAGUAUAUGGAAGAAAACCUGGAGUACUUAACUUAAUUGCAGGAGGGUUAAAUAUGCCUAAAAAAAUUCCAAUUAAAAGAAUAGAGACUAGCUAUGUAUAUGAUCUCAGCAUGCGAAAAUUUAAAUGGAGCAAGUAUUGCUGGGACGUUGAUGCCGUUGUUAUAUAA